AUGUCUUCAGUAUCGUCUCUCUCUCCCCCCGAGCCAAAGGGUCAGACUACAGGUGAGUCUGGUAACUCGGGCCGCUCGAGUUCGCAAUUUAUAGCAACCCCCUUGGGUUCUGAUGAUGGACAUUCGGCGAACCCCCCACUAUCCCGGUCCGCGGAGGAUGCCCCCAAGGUGUCUUUUGAGGAUCUGGCCAUCCGUUAUCGCCAGAAUCAGCAUAAACAAGCCCGCCGGAAGAGGCUGGAGCACCGUCUCCAUGCCACCAAGGUCUCUAUGGGCAUUUCCGCGCGCCUGGUCCGCGUAGGAAGUGCGGUGCAACGCGGCCUGGUUGACCGGCUGAAACACGACGACAAGGUAAAUUUCAUUGCUCUUUACCAUACCAUGAUUGAUCUCCAAGAAUCCUGUGAUUCCGCAUUUCGCCGCCACUUUCACCGGCAGGACCUGUUGGAAGAUUGGCCAUCCGCCCCCGAGGCUGCCGGAGACCGCGCUCCGGACUUUUACCUGCAGCUGAGUCCCCAGUCUAGGGCUGAUCUAAUUGAGAUAUUGCAACUGGUCCGCACCGAUGCCCAGUUCAUCUUUGAGCGUCUGUGCAGCUUGACACCCGGUCAGCUGGGCGCUCUGGUCUCCUCCGCUGCCCCAUCCUGGGAAUCUAGUGAUCUCUCAUUCUCUUCAGCCUCUCGGUCCCGGAAUAUGUCUAUCCCUAAGCGCAGUCCCACUCCCUUCGUUACGUUCAGGGACCAUGUGUUGGCUUUUGAGAGAACGGAUGCUCUGUCUACUUUGCUCUUUAACGUUUUUGCGGCGCCACUGGAUUCGGAUGCCCCCGAAGCCCGAUUGCGGUUGGAUGUAUGGUCCUCUGUCUGCGCCAAGCUGAUCACCGACGGUGGCAGUAGGUUUUAUCCUCUCAUCGGCCACAUCUUGGCCGCCUGGGCCAUGGGCAGUGACUGGAAGGCGAAGCCCAAAUUUGAGCUGUAUCUGAUGGACAUCCUCCAAACGGGUGCCUUCCUGCUGGAACAUGUAGACACCCCAUCCGGCCUAGGGUUUGACGUGGAGCCUCCGGACCCAUUGAGAACGGAUGUGGCCGAGGAGUUCUUUGCAUCCGCCGUUGAUGCCCUAUUCCACUUGCUAGAUGAUCCGGAUGGAGGGCUUCCCCGUACGGUAAUGGAACUCAGCAGUGCUAUCUUGCAAAAGUUGGAUCACCAGGAGAGUCGUGACCGUUACCUGGAGUUUCUGUUCGCCCAGUGGUUUUUCUCCAAAUAUCUAUAUGGCGCACUAACCUACCCUGAGGCACAUGGACUUUUACUUGAUUUUCAUAUCAGGAAGGAUGCGCGAGAAAAACUCCUGGGACAAGUCGGAGUGCAGGCCUAUUCACAAGUGUUUGCCGUCCUGCGGUCGAUGAACCACUUUUCUAUGGCCCGACCUACAGUGAGACAGCAUGUCGAGCACAUGCUAAACCGAUUCACCAUCACGCCUUCUGACCAAAGCACAUCUCGCCAGAAUCCCCCAUUCCUUGGAUCUAUCAAUGGACAAGAGUCACCAGCCGUCUUUCUGAUGCUGUCUUCGUCUGACAUUCUAUCCCUGCUGAAUGCACUCUUCCCUACGCCUGUGUGCAAUUCUCCAGCCCCAUCUCUUGGUAUUCCUGGAUCGUUGGCCUUCCCAUCCUCCCUUCGGGAGAAGCAGAUGUCAUCUCCAAGCGAGCCUCCGGUCGAGCCCGGCUUUUACCGACCCAUUGUUGAUAGCCACCUUGGACAGUAUUCAAAGGGUAGGCCCCUCUUCCAAACAGAAUUGGAUUUUCUGUCACACCCAGAGAACUGCAUCAGCCGCAAUGCUGACCGAAUCCGUUUUGAACUGUCCGAUGUCGGCGAACCCGAUGGCCGUGCUAACCUGGAGCCCCCUGCUGCUGAAGAAUGGACCGUGUUUUCAAUUGCACAGGGCGGAAGGCGGCUGGUCUGGGGUCUCUUCUCUGAUAGGCAAUCGAGCGGCUCGGACACGCCAUCUACUGACGAGGUCCAGUCAACUACCCUGGGAAUGGAGGACAACUUCGAAGCGUUGCAAACUGCCAUUGUGAAAUUGAUCCAAGAGAACCCUUCCAGUGAUCAUGUCGAGGUUGGCAUGCAGACUCCGCAUGUAACCGGUCUAUCCCUGAAGCAGAGAUUCGACCGUGCUAUGGCAUGUUGCCACCAUGAUUCCGAUUUUAUUGGUGCUCAUUAUUGGUGGAAUGCUGCGCGGCAGCUCCUCCGUAGCGUCACAAACACCCCAAUCCGACUUGCCGACGACGCAUGGAUUUUAGGACCGAUGUAUACCUCCAGUCUUCGCUCUCUCCAGGCCUCGCGCUCUGUCAUUGAUCGAUGCGAAAAUGACUUCGUCGCCCUUGAUCGCCAUAUGCUGCGGCUACAGCGAACGGUGAAGGAUAUGAUGACUACUGUGACGAAGCUCCGGGACAAGAUGUGGUACAUGACUGACGUGAAGAAUUCCAUGCGGUAUGAGGAUGCCAAGCACGUCGCACUAGCGCUGAAGACCAUGGUCUAUUCUGCCCGUCUCUACAAACAGGCGCCAAAUGUGGCUCAAUCACGAGGGAGUACUAGAUCCUCCCUGGGAGGGUCCCUCCUGCAAAAGCCAGAGCUACAGGUCAUGAACAUUAUGAAGGCCCCAAGCAGCCAAGGCGGACCCAACAAGCUAUCUGAUGAACAGGUCGAUCUGAUUCGAAAGUGGCUGUCUCACAAUAACAUUGACAAUUUCUGUAAAGGCGAGGAACGCAUUCACCGGUUUUGCUACGAAGUCAAGUCAAGUAUCAACCGACUCGUUGGAGAGACAAUGGCAGAGACUCCGGUCCUUUGGGCCAGUGAGUUGUUCCACAAGGAGAGAGCCAAAUACGAAGGCUCCAGCAACCGCGGUUUCCUUGGAUUGUCUUCCACGCUGCGGCCGUUCAGCGCUGCCAACGAAGACUCGGGGUAUUCGCAGGUACAUGGUAACCAUCUGCGCCCCUCGGACUCCCUUUCUAGAUACUCGCAAGAUCUUCCUUCAGUACACCGUAAGGCUUCAUUCCAAAGUUUGAUGUCGGACAAGUGGAGAGUACCUCGAGACCCUUCCAUAGCGGAUGUUUCCUCAAUAGGGGACUCGCCAGGAAGGGCCGCCUCGGUCUCCACCGGCGACUCUUGCAGUACAUUUUGGUCGACGCCGCACCAGCCGGCGUAUUAUGCCCCAAGCAUCUCUAGUAUAUACUCUCGACCCCCCUCGAUUCUAGGUGACACUGCGGGUCAACAGCCUCGCCGGAAUGACCAUAAGACUAAUGGGAAAGCCACCUUCCUCGAUGAGCUGCGACAGACAUUGACAAGCCUACUCUUGAGCGAUUUGGGCUCACCAGUAUGGAGCUGCGGGAGCGAAACGGAUGCGUGGUUUGGCAAUGCUCUGGAUCAGCGAAGAAUUCAGGUGCAGAUGAGGAAACGGGCCCAGAUCCAGCGAUUCUACACCGACUAUGACGAGCGGCAGUUCCGCCAAACCAUCCGUCGUACGCCGUCAAGCAGCCGACGAAGCAAAUCAGUUGAGCCUCCAGACCAAGAACGGCACGAAACUGCUCCGCUCUCUGCGUCACCCUCCGAAGCCACCGCUCUAGAUGCUAACGAUCCGUCCCCGUUCUCGUAUCGGAUGGUCUUCGGUCAAUUAAUCGAAGUCUUUUCCCGCCAUGGAAAUCCCUUCGUCAAAUUGAAGGCACUGCGUGACUUACGGGCAUUAGUCAUUGCAUCACUGAACUCUGGUAGCGAUGAUAAGCCCCCUUUCCCGCAAGUCGAAGAGACCACCACAUGCCAUCAAGGAAGGGCCCCUGGUUCAGGAAAGAGAGCUGCGCGCCAUAGCUUCUCCGAGUCGAGUGCUAGUGGCCGGCUCGGGAGGGACAUCCUUCACACCCCUGCUUCACCUGCUGCCGAAUCAGUCAUCUUUGGCUCCCGACCUUCCGAUUAUUCGACCCCAACAGAGAAACAAAUCGUGGAGUCCCUACGGGAUUUGCUUCUUGAAGUGAAACCGAAGACCCUGUUCAGAGAUUUGCAAUUCAUUUCGGCAUUUGUGCCCGGGGAACUAUUAAACAAAACCGAUGCGGGGACGGCGUUUCUGCAGUUUGGACUGGCGGCGUUGAGCUUGAAAGAUGAAAUCUGCAACAGCAUGGUUGAAAUCGCCGACAACAUUGUGUCGCAGGAGCUCAGUCGACGCCAUCCUCCUCCCGGAUAUGAUAUGAACCCUCGACCGGGCCAUGCGAUCGAGGACGCGGCGGGGAUGUGGAUCAUCACCGCCAAAGAAGGGAAUCCAGUUGCCCAGCGGGAGCUUGCGAUUCUGUAUCUGACCCAUCCGGAACUCCUGCCUCGCGUGACGCUUCCGCUGACCUUGCUGCGGGACACGUUCAAGGCAGAAAUGAUGUAUCGCCGUGACAAGAACUCUAAGUCGGACCCGCAAAGCUUGUGUCUGGCGCUGCACUGGAUGCAGCUGUCGGCCAAUGGAGGGGACGAACUUGCGCGAAACCGGCUUCGCGAACGAGAGGAAUUUGACUCCAUUGCCUGA